CCCAUCGCGUUUACAAUACGUUCAUAAUAUUUUAUAUAUAUAUAUAUAUGUGUAUAACAAAAACAGUUUUUUUUUUAUCAACAUAGUGCUUUAAUGUACAAUUAAAAAUAAAUUUUAAUAUUUAUUAAAAUAAUUAAUAAUAUUAUUAAUAUUAUAAAUAUUAAAAUAAAAUUUAAAAAUAUAUAUAUUUAACCCCUUACAGCAAAUUGACAUUUUAUAAAAUAUUUCUUUAUAAAAAUUGCUGUUUCUGUUUUUUAUUGUUAAUUUUUUUCAAAAAAAAAUUUUUUUGUUUUGAUUGCGCGCGGUUUCUUUUUUUCGCCAACCCUCGUGUUUCUCCGAGAAAAGUGAAUUCAAUUCGGUAAACUUUUAUCAAUAUUCUUCGGCAAAAUAUUAUAUUGACAAUUGUGACAAGUGCAACAGCGGAUUGCCAGUGACAAACAGAAAAUCGAUGGUGAGAAACUAGAAAAGUAACGAGAACGAGAAAAAUAAUUUACAAAUCAUGAUGAAACUUAAUCGACUGAUAGGAUUAUUAUUAUUAUUAACGAUAUGUGGAUGUUAUGCAUUGCCACCGUCACAAUCGACGAGUCGAGUUCCAGUGAGGGCGAAACAAACAACGCCAAUAUCAACUAAUACGGGAACGUCAACCACAACAGCCAUUAUGAGCAAUGUUUCAACUGAAGCAAGAGUAAAAAGUUCGGCAUCAACGAUGAGUGCAACUAUGGCCACGAAAAAACCAAUCAUCUCCGUUAAGGAAGCAACCGUCACGCCACCUACUUCCGCGAAAGAAACCCGUGAAUCACCCGGAAAAAUUCGACCGCAAAUCAAACUGACCACCAAUUACACCAGCGCUAGCGAGACGGGAGUUCGAUUGCCGGAAGGUGCAAGUGCAGCAUUAGCAAAACCAACCAAGUACCAUUAUUAUCCUCAUAAUCAACACAUUUAUCUACUGCCAGAAUGUGCUGUUCAACAGGUUUGCAAUGCUGUUUAUGUGAGGUUGAAUUUUACACAACCAUUGUGCGCUUGUCCUGGACGUUACCGUGAUCCAUGCAGUGCAUCACUUGACAUUGACGAUUUACACACGACAGAAUUGGUCACUGAUCCACGAACAAAGGCGUUGACUUUGGUGAAGACGUGCGAGCCCGUUGCUGAAAUGCGAGAAUGCAGAGCCCCGAGGGAUUGGUCGUUACUUGCAUUACAAAAUGUCAGGACCGGAAAGUCGCAUUACCUCGUGAUCUGUCGAUGUCCCGACACGAACAUACUCGAAGGACCUAUGAGCCACGAUCAACCAACUUAUGCUAGUGUACCGGGAAUUCGAGUCUAUGGAAUGAUGUGUGUGCAAGGAAUCAGAAGAGGACGUCCAUUGCGACACAUACGCAGUCUUUUAGGUUUAUUAGACAAACAGGAAUUAAUCGAAGAAAAGGAAGCAAGAGCAACGUUCCCUUGGCAUAUGGUUCCACAUCUAAUGGAAACAGCAAACUGGGACUAAUUUUCGAUAAAAUAUAAUUAAAUGCCGCCGGUAAAAUGGCACUAAACUAUUUAUUAAAAAAAAAAAAUAUGAAGAAGAAGAAGAAAAAAAAAGCCUAGCUCGUCGUUCUAUUCAUUUCGAACAUUCUUUUUUUUUUUAUUUAUAUGAUAUUUAUUUUAAUCGUAGCCAGAGACUCGGCAAUCAAUUAUGCGUCGAUAUUAGAACUAUAAAAUGUAUUUUUUUUCUCUCGUUUAUAUAACGCAAAAAAAAAAUUGCUUUACGAAUUAGAAUUUCGCAAAAGCUCGUAAUUAUUAUUUUUUUAAUGUGAAAAAUCACUAACAUGGCAAAACGACGCUUAAUAAUGAAUUAGCUUUAAUUUUACAGACUGCAAUGCAAUAAAUUUACUUUUAAUAUGGGAAAUAAUAAUAAUAAUGAAAUUAUCUUUAGAUUCGAUAUUUGUUUUCCUGUUUUUGUCUUUUGUUGAACUGCAGUCUCUAUCUCUCUUUCGCUCUCUUUUUUUUUCAAAACUACAAAAUAUCCAUGAUCAUAAUUCAACUAUUCUGCAUUUAUCGAAUUUUUUUACACGUUGAAUUAUAUCAUGUACUCUAUGUCUCUCGAUUUUCUUGCAUUAAAUAUUAUUUCUAUUUUAGAUGACCGUCGCUAUUCGGAAUCUGUAUAAUUUAUUAUUGCUUCUAUACUCGAAUGAGAUAAAUUUCAUCAUUUAUAUAUCUCGUGAGAAUAUAUUGUAACUAUGACUCGCGUCUCAUAAUGAUAAUAGUGAUAGAAAAUUUUCAAAUGCAAUUAUUCAUUAAUUAUUAAUAAUAAUAAUUAUUUAAUCCAGUGAUUAUAAGGAAAAAGAAUUUUAAUUUUCCGUUACAAAAAAAAAAUGUUAUUAAAACAAAACUAUGUUAGAAAAAAACAUUUAAUAUUAAAAAAAUCAUAAUUUAGCAAAAUUUUGCUUUAUUUCAAAAGAAAAAAAUUUAAUUUUCAUUUUAUGAAAAUUGACGGCACAAUUCGUACUUCUUAAAAAUU